AUGCAAGAAUGGGUCAACAAUCCACGGUUCUUCACUGCCACAUACAGUGGGUCUUCUCGAGGACUCCUCCUGUGCUGGCAUGUCUUCGUUCCUAAAGCCUUUGCUCGCAAGGCCAACCUAAUUUUGGCCGCAAACUUGGACAUCCUGCCCACAGCUCCAGUCAGUGAUCGAAGCCAUGCGGGAAAGGACUCGGGCGACCCGAGUUCUGACUGCCAUCUGGGCAUGCUGAAUUCGGCUGCCACUGAGAACUUUGGAAAGCUCACCCUCCUACGAUUUCUCCUUGCCGUCAUUGUCACUGGUGCCCAGGCCAAGAAGGCUGAGGAAGCAGAACCUCAGAAGCCACCGGCCAAGGCCCUUGAGGUGCUGAGUGAUAGUGAGUUGUCUGGUGACAAAGAUGUUGAUGCAGGCCUGUUGGGAUAUGACGAAAUAUGA